AUGGCCGGCUCGCCCAUAACGCGACGAGCGUCCUGCGACCAGUCAUGUUCUGUUCAAGAAGGAGCUCACGCGCAUCGAGCGCUUAGAUCCAGACAGUCUUCGGGCAAGAUGAGCAAGAUGACCAGUCUCCCCAAUGGUCGCAAGUAUAGACCGACGUCGAUGAGCAGCGCCGAGCUCGGACAUCCGCUGUCAAGCAAGCAAGCCUUCCAGCCUGCUAUAUCUGCGGUGCCGGAAGUCAGCCGACAGAGCUCGUCCACGGGCAGGAGGCGUGCUUGGGCAGGCCGACUCGCGGUCGUCGGCUGCUGUGGCUUCUUGCUCUUGUCAGCAGGUCGUACAUUGCUCAGUCGGCGCAUGAAUAUGCUGCCUGACAUUGAGCAGAAUGUCAUUGCACGAGUCGCCGGCUUUCAUUCGAAUCCCCACCAUAUGUUGCGGGUGGAUGAUCUGCUCAGGCCGGUCCACAACACACAUACACAGACGAACGCGCUCGACCUGAAUGCCGAGCUAGGCUCGACAUUAGACACAAAUGCCGAGGCCAGCGAAAGUGCGACUCACGACGCGCUCGAAGACAGCAGCGGCACGAGCGUCAGCUGGGUGGCCGAAACGAGUAUCCAGCCUCUUGCUCGCGCACUGCAUGGCACAUCCGCCAUUUUUUUCCCCGGCAAGUGGGGGUUCAGCAAUCACGUUUAUAUCGCCAUGAAGGCAGGUUAUCUAGGCGUGCGAACGAACAGAAGCGUCAUCCUCACGGAUCCUUAUGGCCCCUUGUCAUUUUCGAGCAUCUUUGAUCAUCAGGGCGCGUCCCGUCUGGCGGGCGGCAUGCCUUCUUACGACCUUCACAAUGUCACUGAAGAGAGGGUGGAAGUAGGUUGUCUGACGACAGGCACCGACACAGAUUUGGACGAGCGCAAUUUACACAUCCAGACCUGGCCGAUGCCAGAAUUCGGCGGUUACAGCGGGGACAGCUACGAAGCUGUUGAGCAAGUGAGCUUGAUGCCCGUCGCGCUAGAGAGCUUCAUCAGCAACGCAACAGAGCUCCAUAGUCGAUAUACCACUCGCGUGCGACCGCAGGCCGACGUGCUCUGCGUCUAUCCGGCCUUCGGACUGCAUGAGCAAGAAUAUGAGAGCAUUUACGGCCACAAGUUCGACGGAGAGAUCAUGAUGCUCACCGAUCCAGCCUGGCAGGAUUGGGGCCGCUAUCUGUUCUUCUCUGCCGAGAUCGAGCGACUGGCUGAUCUUGUCAUCGAGAGCGUUCUGUCGACUGUGAGUGCUCGCUUCGUGUCGGUACACAUCCGCAGGGGCGACUUUUGCAGGCCACGAUUUCAUAGGGCGAAUUGCGAUAUGCCUCACUCUCAGUCCCUAGACCUUUACGCAAAAGCAUUGAACGAAUUCUCAAAUGCCGAGGCUUGUGAUGCGAUGCAAGCCGUCACAGACGUACUCCUCCUGACAGACGAGCGCGAUCCGGACUUUUCGGCAGAGGCCAGGAAGAGAGGCUGGCACACCGUCGACACUCUGAGCGUUGUCGAUCGAUAUCUCUUACCGGAAUGGCGCUCAAAGGGCGCAAGCCCUUCGUUCAUUGCAGGCAUCGUGGCUGGCGCAGUCAUGGCGCGGAGUCAGGCAUUCGUGGGAACGGCAAGAAGCAGCAUGUCAGCUCUUGCACGACUCCGCGUCGAGACUUGGCAAGGCGGCUGUACAGCUCUCGUGGUACCCAAUUAG